AUGAAAAAGGGAUUGGCUAUUCCAUUUUUAGCUUACGUAGCUGUUAUUAAUGCGCUGUAUGUUCGCGCUGAAUGUCCGCACCUAGAGAGCGGCCUAGAGAAAUGGAGCUCGGCCUCGACAUGGGCAUCGAAGCCGGUGAAAGGGUCUCAAAUGACAAUUUCUAAAAAGAUUCUGCUGGACGAAUCACCACCCAGUCUGGGUAGCAUCACCAUAGCAGCUGGCGGAGUCCUUGUGUGGGCGGACAAGGACAACAUAACGUUGACCGUUAGCUACAUUCUGGUCCAAGGACGAUUUCAGAUUGGAAGCGAAACUUGCAAGUUCUCCAAGAAAGCCAGAAUUAUACUCACGGGUAAAAGUGACUCUUCGCUAAAGGUGGAUGGUUUUGGUAGAAAGUUUAUCGGUGUGAAAUCAGGCGGAAAACUAGAGUUUCACGGAGAAGACAAAUUGUCGUGGACCAAGUUAGCCCAAACGAUUCCAGCUGCCAGGCAAACCUGUGGUAUAAUCUACGAUCACAAGAAUACGCCAUACGACAAGGAAUGGGCGACCGGCAUCCACGCCAUCGCCUGGAAUCUUGAUGGCUCCGUGUAUGAUUUCGGACCGUUUGUGUUGGGAGAACCCUGGGAUGAUGAGGCCGAGAAACACCUGGUUACAUUUCUGAACGGAGUCCCUAAAAAUACGGUUGUAGCGUUGGCUGUGCAUGAAAACCUCGGCGUAGGGGUAAAACCACAACGAGACUGGGAACUGCUCUUCAAAACAGUGGAGACUCUAGGGGGUAUUGACUCGGGGAAAAGUCUGCUAAGAAAUGUCAAGGACAAAGAGGCUUACGCAUUCAUUGCAGUGAAAGGACAAAAAGAGUAUACUUCAGAACAGCACGUACCUAGAACACCUGGUAAGAAGUACACAAAAACCAAUGACGUACAUGUCACGUUAUGGGAUCUCAAACUGAAGUUUUGGGUGGAGAGUGCUGUAAAAUUUGAAGGCGAUUGGUCCAUCCCAAAUGACGUCGAUUUCCGUGUCCUGUCUACAGAGGUUGCCUAUCCAAAAAUAGAAGUGAUUGAUGACGUCAGCACUUGGAAACCAGGUGACAAACUGGUGUUUACUUCUACGGAUUUUGAAUGGCGGCAGGCUGAAGUGUUUACAGUGAUGUCUUGUCCAGAAUGUACUGCGUCCAACCAGUUCAAAGUGGAUGGGAUGUUCGCGAACAGUCAUUUCGGCGAGGUAUUCGACAAUGUGGACGAGAGGGGCGAGGUUGCGCUGUUGACGCGACAGAUCGUCAUCGAGGGCGACAUGGAGGAGCGUUGCUACAGCAACAGCCCAGCGGAAGCAGAUGCGUGUGACAAAUUCGCCGAAGACGUCUUCGGCGGCCAUUUGAAGAUGACUCGAGGAUUCGCUGCCGCUCAUAUAGAGGGUGUAGAGUUUUAUAAAAUGGGACAAGCAGCGGUCAUUGGUAGUUACCCAGUUCACUUCCACAUGUGUGAUGACGUCUCGGGAGCCUGGGUACGAAACAACUCCAUCCACCACAGUAGCUCUAGAUGUGUCACCAUCCACGGCACCGACAAGUUAGAGGUGAGUGACAACGUCUGCUACAAACACAAGGGUCACGGCUACUUCUUGGAAGACAGUACUGAGCAGUGGAACAUCCUGGACGGCAACAUCGGCGUAGCAACCGAGUACGGCAUACAACUUCCGUCCGACAUGAAGGAAGAGUGGUGCGACCAGGGUCUGAAGAAAUUCUGCGAUGCUGUGUCAACGUUCUGGAUAUCACACCCCAACAACUAUGUGAGAAACAACGUAGCUGCAGGGUCUAGCCAAGUCGGUUUCUGGUUCGUGUAUGCAGACAGACCUUUAGGACUUUCAGCUGCAAGGCAGCUCGAACGUGGCCUCGUAAAAGAAUACAGCACCAGACACACGCCUAUAGCAGAGUUCAACAACAACGUGGCACAUUCGAAUGUCCUUCGCGGUUUGGUGGUCGAUGGUCGAAUAUCAUCAGGAGAAAGUGAAGAUGGGGUGUUUGUCCCAGAGAAUGGCGUGUUCGGCUCAAACGGCUACGAUCCCAGAAUCCCCAACAACAAAGACGGAAACCAGACCAUUGUAUAUCUUGACAGAUUCACUGGCUACAAAAACCGAGAAAACAACGUAUGGGUACGAGGUGGGAAUCUGGUUCUUCGUCACUCAAGUCUUGCAGACUCUAGUCGUGGUAUAACCAUGGCCAAAUCAGGGGAAGACACAUUCACGGAAGUUCAGAAGACCGUAUUUGUUGGGGAGAGCGACAACAAGGGGAUGCCACAGCUCUGGGUAGACUGGGAUUUCCCAACUGACCCAAAACCACAGCAUCAGUUUGACAGGUCCCUAAUGACCGAGGACCCAAACAGUCCAAUACAGGGAUUCGUCUUCUACGAUGGUCCAACGUACGUGACAGACUGCCAUUUUAAACGCUACAGACACUGGCACUGGAACAACAAUCUGGAGAAAGAGUUCUCGGGGGUUCGCGCGUUCAGGUCAGGUGGGGCGAUUAGCUGGCGACGAGCAGACGAUGUCUUCUUUGAUCCACAGAGUGCAGUCCGUGGUGCCACGUUUGCCUUUUGCGAUGAUACCGAGGGUAAUAAAGUGUAUGACGGAAACGCAACAGUUCGUGGUUUUGAAGGGGAUCGUGACUCUAAGCUUCAGGCCAUAUUUCAGGACGAGGACGGUAGCGUGACGGGACACCCAGGGGCGUAUGUGGUGAAAAACCUCCCCUUCUUCACUACACCCAAGUGCUCUUUUGUAGAAAACUGGCAAAUGUCCAUGUGUCCACAUUCGUUUGCAAAGGUUAGUUUCAUUGGUGUUGAUUUCGUGAAAGGAAAAUAUCCAAUCUAUUUCAUCAGAGAUGAUGCUCACGAAUCCGCGUUUUCAAUGGAAGGGUCAGCUAACAACCAGGACGUUGACCCAGACGUGGAGUUUGUGUCCACAAACUCUCAAAUCAACGCCAUUUCCCAUGCCUUCAACCUAGCGGUAAAAUCAGUUUCUAAAACCGGUAUCAAUAUCCCCCGCAGCUCUUCCAAACGAAAGGGCUCACCCAACCUCAGUCAAGAAAUCAACCCCGAGGAUAGUGACAAUGAAUCAGAUAUCCACCCCGAGGUGGUGGUUAAAAAUAGGUUUCAAGUGUUAGGCAGUGACAAAAAACCAGAACCCAUCCGUGCCAUCCGUGCCAACAAAAAGGCUAAAUUUCUCACGUCGCGAGUCUCCAGUAAACCGGGACUUCGCUAA